ACGCGAGGGAAACCGGCCCGAGUCUGCGCGUCCGAACGAACAAAAUCAACGGUCACGAGAACAAUUUUUCCAGCUGAUCGGAAGCCGGCUUUUCCUCUCGAGUGGUGUUCUUGUGACGGCUACCUGCUACUUCGAGCCCCACGUUUCUCCGUGCCGGUAUAUACCUACAACGGAUUUAAACACGCGUACCAGGUGCUGCUGCAGUGGGCGAAGCACGCAGGUUCGGAGGACAACAUCACCGUGAUCGUGGUCCUGUUAACACCAGCCAGCGCGAUCGCAGCCAGGCCUCUGUACGCCAAUCCGUACCACCGUUUACAAGUGAAUGAUAUACUCGAGAAAAUGAACUCCAAGGACAAACCGCUUUUCCUGGACAUCGACGACGCGCACAACGCGAUCAACUCGAACAUCCUGAAGCAGACGAUGAUCUCUCAGGAAGCGCGCGACCACGACGACGCUGGCGGCAUCCUCGCGGCCAGCAACGGCAAGCACGAGAACGGCGACGCCGAUUACGAUUAUUCCGACUUGGGUCCCGAGACCAACGUAGACGCCAUUGACGACGUUGCUACCAUCCCGGUUAAGAAUCUCUCCUACGAAUUUUACAAGGACGGUGACGAAAACGACGCUCGCAACGACGAAAAACAACAGCUUGACAAAGGUUCGAACGUACUCGACAACAUGCACGUCGACGAGUCGACGGACGCUAAUCUGAACGCUAAUAUCGACGUAACGCCAAACGAACCGAUCGCGGAUAGUAAUUUGCGCGAGCGCGACGAGGACGACGACGACGACGUGGACGAGGAGGAGGAGGAGGACGAGGACGACGAUGACGAUGACGAGGACGAGGACAACGACGACGAUGACGACGACGACGACGACGAUGACGAUGACAACGAGCACGACCGUAACCGCGACGAUAAUAACGACAACGUACGCAACGAUGCUCAAGCGUUGUCCGACCAGGUCCAGAUCCAGGAUGAUAUCCCAAAGAACGUGCACGUGGUAAUUCGUGAGAAAAUGACUAACGAAAUUUGCGAACUGCCCGGGGAGAGAACGGGCAACGAAGAAACGAGAGUGAAAAAUGAUGAGCAAGUGGACGGCACGCAGGAGGACGUCGUUGACGAAGCUGGCCCCCUCGUGGACUAUGACGAUUCUACACCCUCGCUGCAGGCAAACAAAGCUCUUCGACAUGCAGUGAUUCACGAACCGGAUAAUGUAGCGGAAAGCGAGGACUCUGAAGACGAAUGGAACUAUUACCGUGUUGAGCCGAACAAGGAGAAGGAUUCUGCGAGCACGCGUGUCGACGAACCCGAGGAAACGAAAGGCGAAGUAUCGGAGCCACCUGUCAAAGAUAUCGAGCCGAAAAUCCAGCCGGAAGGUGUACAGGACAUUAAAUGCGACAACCGGAAAGAAGAGGAAUCGCAGCCUAAGCUUAUUGACACAGAGAUUAGCACCGAGGACAGGACAGAAGAAUCGGAAAGACCGAAGGAUUGUUGCGCAGAGGAGCAAGACAGACUGAAGGAUAUGGAUUUUCAAUUGAAUCCUGAUGCGAAAGAGUUCGUUCCCGUGUCGCCGCAGUUCGUGGAAACGAGGAUGAAUCUGGUGGAGGAUUAUCCGGUCUCUGGCUCGCCUUUCAAACAAGUCCCGCAGAUGGACGACAUACAAGUACCGAGUCAGAGCGAAUUCGAGAAGGAAGUGUGCCAGCGGCCGAGGGAGGUCGAUACCGAGGAGAGCGAGUACCAAAAUGGCGCCAAUACGCCGCGUAUCGACAACUACACGGACUUGAUGUCCGAUCAACAGAGAGCGAGCAACCUGUUGUCGGGGACCAACAUGGACGAUUCGGAGAUCUCGUCGACGAAAGCUGAAUUCGGAGACGAGUCGGCAAUCAGCUUCUUAACAACCAGCGAAUUCCACAGAACGGGUAUCUCGACAAUAGACGAGUCAUUCUCGAGCUCUGAACGCGACUACGACAUAGCCAAAGAUCCGAUGGCCAUGUCCUUCACGCCCAGUGACUUCGAGGCGGCGUUCGACAAGGGCGUCGACUUGAAUGCCGUUCACAAUUUGAGCAACACCGAUUUGGAGGAUCAGAAUGGCAGUAUUGUGGACAGGGAAGAGGAGGAAGAGAAACAGCAGCAGCAGCAGGGAGAGCAGGAACUCGCGAGAGAAUCGCCGAAAGUGGAAACCACCGCCGAGUCCAAGCAACUAUCGGACAACGAGCAACUAGCAACUUCCGAGAAAACCGUCGAUGAACUCGUGAAUCUGUCUUCGCAACGAGAACACAGCGAAGAUAAUUUCAUCGAGCACGCGGACGAAACGAAAGCUGAGACGAACACUGUCGCCGACCUUCUGGAUCUCCAGCCAGAGUCUUCCCAAUUGGAACAGGAAGAAAUCGCGAAGUACGAUCACUCUCCUUUGACGGACAAUUAUUCCGCGGGAUUCGAGUCCGAGAAGGAACCUGUUUCCGUGGACACGAACGAACAGCCGUUGUCACCGUCGAGCAUCGACAUCGACGAGACGAAACCCAUCGACGAAGCCAGCGAAGAUGCUGCUCUUCCCGCGAGCGACCUCCAAAAGGAAGUUUGCUCGAACGAAGCUGACACGCCCUCGUCUCUGUCGCCGGUCCCCGAUCCGAUGGAGAGCGAUUCGGGGCCAGCAAUCGCGGAAAGCGCACAAGUUCAGUCUUCCAAGCCGCAUGAACCUUUGCUACAUCUGGACACGUCGCAACUCGUGGCUGAUGAUCGAUACAACUUCCAGUCGUACGGCAACGUUGAGCUGAUUUCUCAUCAACGGUCUCCUUCCAUGGAAGUGGCCGACGUUUGUCAAGCGUCACGUACGAAAGAAACUGUUGAUCCUUAUCAAGCGUAUUCCACGGAGGCUGGCAACGCGUUCGAACUAGUUCAGCAGGAUUUCGCGAGUGCGAACGCACAGUUCGAUGAAAAGGAAGACGACAAGCUGAUAGGCAUGACAUCGACGGUACAGCAGAUGAAUUUGCUCGAUUUCACCGAAGAGCAAGAUGCUCGCGUGAAAUCGCCGCAGUUCCAAAGUGAAUUGACGCCACCCCUUUCCCCCCAGAGACCCAAGGAACAACCUAUCGACGAUGUUAUCUGUUCUUUUGUUCUCGAAUCCUCCGUCGAAAGAUCGAAAGAUGUUGUAGAGGAGACGAACGUUACCGAGGAGGAUGACAAAGCGGCAGAAGUGACGGAAUCAGCGGAGGAACCGAUGGAACCAGCGGUGCCAACGAAAACGAUAGAACCAGUAGUGGAUCAAGUUCAAGAACCUACUUUGAAUCUGUCCGAUUCUAUGCAGGAAUUCACAGGUUUGGAGAAUCAGUUGAAACCUUUGGAGGAGGAGAUUCUCAAGUCGAAAGUCGACGAACAACUCGAGAAAGAAGUGUCUCGAAAGGAAGAAUCGGUAGACAUCGUCGCGGAACCAGAGAAACUGUCAGAACAUACGAUCGAAGUAGAAUGCAAGAAUGAAGUUGAAGAACUUUUACCGGAGAUCAAUAAAUCCGAAAUUAAAGAGCCAGAAAUUGUACAAUUGAAAUCGGAAGAGCCGCAAGAGCCGCAAGAGCCGCAAGAGAUAGAAAUUAAGAAAGCACAAGCUAAAGAAUUGGAAGGCAAGGAGCUAGAAAAUAAAGAAUCAGAGAUCAAAGAAUCCGAAAUCAAGGAAUCGAAGGUAGAGGAGACGGUCCAGGUAGCGGAAAACAAAGCUGCGACAGCGGCUAUAACCACUACGACGACACAGAGCAAAACAAAAUCAAAGGUAUCCGCCGCAAAACCAACGAAAACUACAUCUUCAAAGGCAGCUGCGCCGAAAUCGAUGCCAACGUCCCCCUCGAAAGCUGCAGUUGCCGCGACGCGAACGUCGAAGAAACCGUCGACGACCACGCUUUCUCGUCCAAAAGACCUAGACGCUCCGAAAAGAUCCACGGUUUCAACUACUGCGACAGUGGCCAGCAAACCAGCGAUUUCAAAGGCCGCUUCAAAGACUACGACAUCGACCACUGCAACGAAACCAAUCACCAGAACCAGCGCCAGUAGUGUUUCUAAAUCAAAACCUGCCGCCACGACGGCCUUGUCGAAAGCAACUCUCGCUGAGAAAAAACCUACCAUGAACGGUGACGUGAAACCUCCGAGUAAAUCAACUGCGACCAAACCUUCCAGCAAAUCGUCGCAACCAGCGACCAAAAACACGCUAGUCAAAACAUCUACUACGCGAAUGUUGACCGGAACAACGACAACAACCGCGAAACCGAGACCAACUUCUGCUAGCACCACGACCGUCAAGUCUAGCACGACUUCAAAAUCCAGCAGCAGCACCACAACCAACACUUCCAACAUCGCUGCAACAACCAGCCCGAGACCCAAAACGGCUCCAGCCGUUGGAAGUAACGCGAGAACUCGUCUAUCCGUCAGUAAGUCCCCGAUGAUUGAUAAACAGGUGAAGGAAACAGCCAACAAACAAAUAUCCAUGGGAAGAACAAGCACCGCUGCUUGCAAAACGUCACGUUUAUCGAGUAACACUACUACGACCACCACCGUGAGACGCGUGUCCUCGUCAACCAAGACCACCACGGCUGCAUCACCGACCAAGAGAUCCACCACGGUAACGAAGGUUUCCAAGAUCUCGUCAAGCGGAAAGACAACGGCCAACAACAAAGGAAAAGUCCUACAGAACGGCGUGUCCGAAAACGUCGAAAUAAACACGAUAAUCGACGACGUACCGAAGAAAGACCUGUCACCUGUGGUUGCUCCGAACGACAACCAACUGAUCAUGAGUUCCGAUUGAAUUUGCGGCGAGCGAGACCGGUUUCGAUCUUAGCUUUAUGUCGAUCGUACAUCACGCACGUACUGAUAUAAAACGUUGUACUUUCUUUACCAAAAACGAAAAAACAAAAAAGAAAAAAAAAAAAGAAAAAAGAAACAUCAGAAACAUCCGCUAAAAAAUGUAGUUUCUUAGGGAAUAUAUAACGGACCCGGAAGGAGUUUUUACUAUAAUUAGCGUAAACUAUAAAGUAUAAUAUAUUAAUGUGUACAUGUAUCGAUGAAAUAAUGAGUGUUUGUCUAUAUUGGCAAAUGGAGAGAAUGUAAAACGAGUGAAAGAGAGUGAGUGAAAGCGAGAGAGAAAGAGAAACAAGAUGGGAGGGCGUAGGGGGGAUGGAGGAGAGGAAAAACGUGUGUAAGAAAUAAUAUACACUAAAAAGAAAAAGGAAAAGAAAAAGAAAAAAUAAAAUAUACGCUAUCGCUUUUGACUGCUUCGAUCAUGCUGAAUGUGAGUGUGAUGUCCCGCUGGUAGCAAAAGAUUACGUAUGUAAUAAAAUAAAUCGGGAUGUGCGCGGGUAGGGGGAGGAUGGCAAAGAUGGAGAAAGGAGAAAUACGAACUAAGAAGCGCGGAAAAAUAUCGUACGUUUUUUUUUAUUUUUUUUUUUUUAUUUUUUUUUUAUUUUUUUUUUUUUUUUUUCUGUAAAUAAGUGGAUACGUUCCCGAAAGCGGUCUCUGAGAUAUCGAACGGAGAAAGAAUGUUCACUCGUGGUGCUGUAACUGGCCUGUAAAACACAUUUGCACAUUUGCAGCGCAGAUUCAUUACGUCGCCAACAGUUUAAAAUUCGGGACCCGAAAAAGAGAGUUACGUCACGCUUGACCGUACGAGUCGGUUUCUUAAUAUAUUCUUAACGUGAAAACACGAAGCUGAACGGUUUUUUAUACUUUUUAAUUUUAUAUAUGCAUUAUACUUGAUAAAUAAUUAAUCAUCGUACUUUUUAUAGAGGAGAACUUACACAUUUAACACAUAUGUAUGUACAAAUACGUACGCAGAAGACACAUACACGUACAUGCGAACACAGGCAUAUUCACACACACUCGAACGUACACGACACACAAACACACAAAAAACGUGAACGACAGAUAAUAUAUAUUUAUUUUUCUUUGUUUGUUCCUAUUCCGAAGUUGAGUAUACUGCGAGAGAAUAUUAUAAACUCGUCAUUCAUUACUAUUAACUCUUAUGUAUUCUCUAUCCAUCUAUGUACAGCACUUCUAUGAGUUAAUGUGAUAUCUAUUAUAUUAAAUAAAUUCAAACAGAUACGAAACGAAA